AUGCUUGCUUCACCUCUCCAACCUUAUGAUGUGUCCCUGUCACACUUUCUAAAGUCUCAACCCAAACAAAUUGCUCCUAUUGAGACGUCUCCCCGUGAGAUUGCUCGAUCAUGGCUAGACCGCUUCUCGGCUGUCCUUGCAUCCGGUGAUGCAUCCCGUCUUUCCACCGUCUUGCAUCAAGACAGCUGGUGGCGCGACCACGUAGCCUUGUCCUGGGACCUACGUACCCUAUAUGGUCUCCCUGCCAUAACAUCCUUCUUAUCACCCAUUAUCUCGUUCGUGAACCUACAUCCAUUGUGUUUGGCUUCAGACCAUGAAGCAUAUCCCCCUUCCGUCGUCAACCCUCUCCCAGAUCUCAAUUGGAUCCAGUCAAUCUUCACAUUCGAGACCAGCACAGGCAGAGGUCGCGGUUUCCUCCAUUUGGCCCAAGCCGAGGAUGGUGACUGGAAAGCCCAUAUGUUAUAUACCGCCCUCGACGAAAUCAAAGGCCACGAAGAAAUCACCGGCGCACGCCGCUCUCACGGAGGCCAGAACUCUUCUCUAGGUGGAAGUUGGUUUAAACGCAGACAGAAAACCUACGACUUUACAGAUGAAGAACUUAACGCGCUGAUUAUCGGAGCUGGCCAAGCUGGCCUUAAUCUCGCUGCAAGAUUGCAAGCACUGGGUCUUUCGACGCUAAUAGUGGACAGACAGACUCGCGUGGGAGACAAUUGGCGCUCUCGUUAUCGCACCUUGGUCACCUAUGAUCCUGUGACCUACGCACACAUGUCCUAUCUGCCUUUUCCAUCUGACUGGCCUCUCUACACGCCUAAAGACAAACUCGGAGAUUGGUUCGAGGCAUAUGUCUGGCUUUCCACCUCCGUCACCGCAGUAUCAUAUUCGCCAUCUUCCAAACGUUGGACCGUGAAUCUCAAAAAGGCGGAUGGGAGCACUAGAACUCUGCACCCGUCCCAAUUGAUUCUCGCCACAGGCCACAGCGGCGAACCACGUGUCCCUUCCUUUAUAGGGCAAGAAACCUUUAACGGAACCAUCUACCAUGGCAGCGCCCAUAAAGAUGCCACCCCUUCUUUAGCGCAAGGCAAAAGAGUCCUCGUCGUAGGUACCGGCAACAGCGGCCACGAUAUUGCCCAAAACUAUCAUGAAGCCGGUGCUAAAUCCGUAACCAUGCUGCAACGUAGCGCCGCCUACGUCCUUCAAGCCGAAAAAGGAGGCCACAUGCUGCACGUAGGAACCUAUGAUGAAACCGUUCAGUUCGCCCUCGGCAGAAAUCUCACUACAGCGAUCAAAGAAGCCGAGAAGGAGAAUCUCGAAGGACUGGAAAAAGCAGGAUUCAAAAUCGAUUUUGGACAUGACGGUUUAGGCCUCUUCCGAAAGUAUAUGACCAAAGGCGGCGGCUACUACAUCGAUGUAGGCUACAGUUCGCUCAUCACCUCGGGCGCUAUCAAAGUCGUCCGCUGCGAAGAGGGAAUUAGCCACUUCUCAUCUUCACACAUCCAUCUCGCAGACGGCAACGCCAUCGCAGCCGACAUCGUAGUCCUCGCAACCGGCUACGACAACAUGCGCACCUCGUGCCGCAAAAUCCUCGGUGACGAAAUUGCAGAUCAUGUCUCUGAUGUCUGGGAUCUCGACGACGAAGGCGAAUUGAAUGGGAUGUGGCGACCUUCUGGCCAUCCCUCGGGUAAAUUCUGGUAUAUGGGAGGGAACCUCGCGCUUUGCCGCAUCUAUAGCAAAUUUUUGGGUUUGCAGAUCAAAGCCAUUGAAGCUGGGUUGCAUAAAGUGUAG